AUGAUAAAGAAUUUGUCGGGGGCAUCACGUCGAUUUGCUAAAAGACCUAGUGGAUCUAAAAAAUCAGUUGUAGCCCUCCCUUUUGAACGUUUGUAUGCUGAUCAGUCUUCACCUCCACCAUUUUCUUUCUCUUCUACUUUUAAUCAACAACAACGAAACAGAUCUCAAACACAACGUACACUUCAGCUUUCUGCUCAUGAAUUGCUUCCAGAUUUAGAAGAAUCGCAGAGUGAAGAAAAUCAAUUAACUGUUGGCAGUGGAAGUAGUAUUAUUGUAAACAAAAGAGUGAAGAGCAUUGAACAUAGCCCUCCUCGACGAAAAAUCAGUUCCUUGUUACGACUCGGUUCCUCUGCUCCAACUUCAGCAACUUCUCAUACUUCAUUACCACAACAACCACUAUCACGAAAAACUUCGACAGCCACAAGUGAAAUAAAUUCUGGACAAAAACAACAUAAACACAGUGCUAAUUCUCCCAUUUACGUUUUGGAGGAGAGCACAAUAAAAACAGAAGAACAAGAAUUUCCACCUCCACUUUCAAAUGAAGAAGUAAGUUUAAAUAAGACACAAAUAUUAGUUGAUGAAGUUAAUGAUUGGUGGGGAGAAGAUGAAGAUGGAAAUAAUUUGAAGGAAGAUGAGGAGGAAGAGGAAGACGGAGGAGAAUAUGAAUAUAGUUGA